GCCUUCCCCGCCCGACUAGUACAAAGGGCUUCCCUCCCACCAUCUGCCGGGCAGGGACAAGCCGACCCAGAUAAGGUCUGAGGGCGCAGGCAGACCUCCCCGGGCCCCCGGGUCCCCCAGCCAGCGCCCAGCACACCGCUCCGUCCCGGGCGGGCAGUGUCCCUGUCACAGUGUCACCCGGGCACCGGCUUGUGGAGGGCCAGCACGAAGGGCCAGUCCGGCCACACGAUGCCCUGGGCCUGGCUCGGGGCCGGGAGCACCUGCCCGGGGGACAGUGGGGCCCGGACCAGGCAGGUGCCUGGGCUCCGCGGGGUACCCCCGGGGGCCUUGCUCCUGGGUAAACAUUAAUGCGGCUCAGCCCACGGCAGGUCAUGUGGGUGCCCAGUGGAUCUUUGACCUGCGGCUGAGCCCGCCUGUGUCUCCUCCCCACAGGUGCCCCUCACUACCCACACAGAUGCCAAAGUCUAAGUCAUCGCCAUGGCCUCGGUGACAGCUGCCAGAAGAGGUCCCGGGUUCCAGGCUCCCAGCCACUUCCGGCCGAGCCUCAGCACCCUCUGCCCUGGGCCACCCACCAGGCCUGCUGCCAGGCGGACAGCGAGGGAGCCGGCCGCCGGGCUCAACUUUGCCCGGAACUGAACUGGGCUUCCUGACAGCCGCCUGAGAUCCGGGCUUGGGCCUGGGUCUGUCCCUGCCCGGAAUCCAUGCGGCGCUCUCUCCCCGGUGGCCAGGUCAGCCCCCCGACUCUGGACACGGUUGGGCUGGUGGACCAGAGUCUAGGAAACGCAGGGACCUCCAGCCCUGCCCCCGCCAUGGAGGAGGGGCCCGCGGACCCCUGGGUCCUGCCCCAGCUGAAGGACACGGGCCAGUCCUGGAAAGGUAGGUCAGGAGGUGCCCGGGAACCGGCCACGUGGGGCUGUGCACCCAGGGUCGCAGGGCGGACGGGGCUGGCUGUGGAACCCUCCCUGUGUCCGGAACUCUUCCUUUGCUCCCUGGACAUCCUCAGCUCUGCCUUCCAGCUGCUGGGCAGCAAGGUGGCCGGGGACAUCUUCAAGGACAACGUGGUGCUGUCCAACCCCGUGGCCGGGCUGGUCAUCGGGGUGCUGGUCACGGUGCUGGUCCAGAGCUCGAGCACGUCCUCCUCCAUCGUGGUCAGCAUGGUGGCCUCCAACCUGCUGCACGUCCGGGAAUCCGUGCCCAUCAUCAUGGGCGUCAACGUGGGCACAUCCAUCACCAGCUCCCUGGUCUCCAUGGCGCAGUCGGGGGACCGGGAUCAGUUCCGGAGGGCCUUCGGGGGCUCCGCGGUGCACGGCAUCUUCAACUGGCUCACGGUGCUGAUCCUGCUGCCGCUGGAGACCGCCGCAGCCCCGCUGGAGAGGCUCAGCGAGCUGGCCCUGCGGGCCAUCAGCCUGCAGCCCGGGACGCAGGCGCCCGACAUCCUCAAGGUGCUGACGCAGCCGCUCACCCACCUCAUCGUGCAGCUGGACGCUGACGCGAUUGCCAACAGCGCCACGCACAACGCCACCAACAGCCUGUGCCCCCAGAUCCCAGGAAACAGCAGUGACUGCAGGACGGCGACCUCAGGCCCCUGCCCUGAGACGAAUGGCUCACCCACCUGGGAGCAGCUGCCCUCCGGGAGACGGAGGGAGGCUGAGCUGAGGGCAGGAGUGGCUGGAGCCCCCUAUUCCACCACCUCCAGAUGUGCCCCCAUCACCUACACCCAACAGGUCCCCGGACGACAUGCUGUGCCCCCGAGAGGCGGCCCCCCUGUGCUGGGCAUGGCAGGCCUCCAGGAAGCACCCCCUGGCCCCAGCCCUGCCUGUACCCCAUCCCAUCCAGUCCUGCUUACUCUCAGGGUCCACUGCUCCAGCCGAGUGUCCCUCCUCUCUGCCCCCACCUGGGGGCCCAGACAGGCAGCUCCAAAUGUCCUGUUCCCACCUGUCCACUCGGACCCGCCAGUGCCGGCCCUGCUCCGCCUCCCUCCAGGGAUCCCUCCAGACGGUGCCCACCAGCUCGGCUCCUCAGUCCAGCAGCCCCUGGGUGGGGGGUGGCGGGCGGGGGGUGACCUGCAUGCGGGGCCCUGCACCUCCCCUCACAGCAGCCCGGCCAGAGCCCAGGGCUGGUGGCCAAGCCACCGAGGGAUGAGGGUCACUGGGCACCAGGCGUGGGGAAGGGCGUGGGAGCCAUGCAGGUGCCCCCCCAAAAGCGGGGGCAGUGCAGGAGGCGCAUGCCCACACCUGGCUGGACCCUGCCCUCCCAGGUGGCCCGUCUCAGGCCAGGAGCAGGACCCCAGGCUGACUUCAGACUCAGCACCAAUUGGGGGAGCAGGCAGCCUGGGGGGCCAGGGGACCCGAGUCACGUCCCUGCCUGCACCCCGCCCCCAGGUGGCCUUCAUCCACUUCUUCUUCAACGUGGCUGGCAUUCUGCUGUGGUACGUGGUGCCCGUCCUGCGCCUGCCCAUCCCGCUGGCCAAGCACUUCGGGGACCUGACGGCGCGCUACCGCUGGGUGGCGGUGAGGCCACCCACAAAGGCUGACCGCCAGGUCCUUUGA